AUACUAAUCGUACCCGCCAAAGAAGACGCUUCUACUGCCCGCAUUCGCAGAGAGCUGAAAUAGCAGACACGUCGCGAUUUCGGACGGGCAGAAAACAUCUUUGGAACUCGCAGUGUUUCCUGUGAGUCGAAACUGUUUUAGCUUGUUCUGUUCACCUGGAAAGAACUUGAGGUUUGAAGCGACAUCCCGCGCUCAGAUUAUGGCCCCGCAUCCGUAGACGCCCACAGACCCUACGGACGGGAGUGCCGCAGUCGUGCCGUCGUGCCGGGAGGUUUCAGCACGUCCGGUGCGCGAGUCUCAAAGCGUCGAGAUGGCUCCCCCAUGGAUACCGAAGACGGCUCUGGUACUGCUGCUGGCCUGCGUCGUUCACAACGCGUCUGCAGUAGUGAAAGGUUCCGAUGCCACCAAGGGAAUCACUAUUCCUAGGAACAAGUUCUUGGUUCCUGUGGUCUGCUACUACUACGGCUGGGCCAUCGGUCGACCUCCGCCGAUGAACUACAGGGUGGAGGAUGUUCCCCUGGACUACUGCACCUUCGUGGUCCUCGCGUUCGCUGGCAUCGACGACCGCACUUGGGAGCUCAAGAGCGUCAUUCCUGAGUACCAGCAAGAUGAAAGUCUAUAUAGAAAUUUCACCGAUCUGAAGACUCAGCAUCUGUUCCUGAAGACAAUGCUUGCCGUCGGUGGCUGGGAUCUAGGCGGCAAGGUGUUCUCGGAUAUGGUGAGCAAGCCCGAGAGAAGAACAAAGUUUGUCAACAGCGCACUUGACUGGAUGCUUCGCCACGGUUUUGACGGCCUUGAGAUCAUCUGGAAGUACCCGGGCUACGAACCUCGGGGUGGAACGUCGGACGACAAGGAGAACUUCGUACAGCUGCUCAAGGAACUGAAGGCAGCUUUCAACCCUCAUCCGUUGUUCUUGACUGCGGCAGUCCCCCUUGAGGAAAACUACCUGGAAAGCGGCUACAACAUUCCACGCAUGACUCGAAACGUCGACUGGUUCAAUGUUCUCGCCUACGACCUGCGGGGCAAGUGGAACCGGUUCACGGAUAUGCACAGCAUCCUCUACAAGAGGGCUGCCGAUUCCAAAUAUUUCCAGGAACUGACCAUCGCAGAAGGAAUGAAGCGGCUUGUCAACAUGGGCGCACCCAAAGACAAACUCAUGCUGGGGAUAGCGUUCUACGGAAGGACGUAUGUUCUACGAGACCCCGCCAAGCACGGAGUAAAGGCACGGAUAAAGCACCAACAGCCUGCUGAAGCCGGGCCGUACGUUAGGUCCCACGAUCUGAUGGGAUACUACGAGAUCUGUCCAAACAUUAAAUCUGGAUUAUGGACUCGGAAAUUCGAUCAAGAAGCCAAAUGCCCCUAUGCCUACCACGGGGACCAAUGGGUCGGGUACGAGGACGAAGAGAGCGUCGCCAAUAAGAUGGACUUCAUAAUCGGACAGGGGUACCGUGGCGUCAUGGUCUUCAACAACGAUCUUGAUGACUUCCGAGGAGUCUGCGGACCCAAAAACCCCCUCAUGAAAGUUAUAUUUAACAAAGUGGGCGAAAAGGAGCUGCGGGCACUCAACAUUAAUCCCACUUGAAGCCAAAGAUGUGCGUAAUAAACAAAGAAAACUUAAUAGAAA